AUGGUGUGCUUCCGCCUCUCCCCGGUUCCGGGCUCGGGGCUCGUUCUGCUCUGCCUUGUCCUGGGAAUUUUGACCGUCCGUGACGCUGUGGGAUUCAGAAUUCCUUUGAACAACAUCUUCAGAUGCAAUAGUUUAUCAACUUUAGAGAAGAAUGGUGUCGCCCAGUCCUAUUGGGAUGUUCAUGUACAGGCUUUUGUCCAGAAUGGCACAGUGAGCACAAAAGAGUUUCUGUGUGAAAAAGAUAAAACUUUAACCACUGUGGUGCCCAUCAUCCCCACCACUGCACCAUCACCUACUACAACACCCACUCCAAAGGAAAAACCAGAGGUGGGAUCCUACUCGGUUAAUAAUAGCAAUGGUACUUGUCUUCUGGCUACCAUGGGGCUGCAGCUGAACUUCACUCACGAUAAGGUUGUUUCGGUUAUUAACAUCAACCCCAAUACGACUGACUUCACCGGGAGCUGUCAGCCUCAGACUGCCCUGCUUAGGCUGAACUGCAGCAACAUCAAGUAUCUUGACUUUGUCUUCGCUGUGAAAAAUGAAAACCGAUUCUAUCUGAAGGAAGUGAAUGUCAGCAUGUACUUGGUUAAUGGCUCUGUUUUCAGCAUCGCAAAUAACAAUCUGAGCUACUGGGAUGCCCCCCUGGGAAGUUCUUAUAUGUGCAACAAAGAGCAGACUGUUUCAGUGUCUGGAGCAUUUCAGAUAAAUACCUUUGAUCUGAGGGUUCAGCCUUUCAAUGUGAUGGAAGGAAAAUAUUCUACAGCUCAAGACUGCAGUGCAGAUGACGACAACUUCCUUGUGCCCAUUGUGGUGGGAGCAGCCUUGGCAGGAAUACUUAUUCUAGUGUUGCUGGCUUACUUUAUUGGUCUCAAGCGCCAUCACGCUGGAUAUGAGCAAUUUUAGAACCUGCAAUCUGAUCGAUGAUAUAAAAAUACACGCACAUGAGAUUUUCUUGCCUCUCCAUUUUGAAACACGUUGCUCUCUAAGAUUGAUAUGUCGAAACGUUAAUUCUUGAAUCAGUCCCAGCAUUUUGAGAUAAGUCUCUAUGAAUAAAAACUGUUCUCUUUUUUUCGGCUGAAAAUUAAAUACUGUGUUCACUGGUCCUGAAGACAAACUGGUUAAAAACACAUUGGUGUGCUGCAGUGUGUUGAGGUCUAUCCUAAGAGGCCUUGGCCAAAUUUUGAUCCUAACCUAAGAUGCCUUAAACUUACUAACAUGGCCAUUAUAAGAAUAAAAUAUGCAGUUGUCUCUUAAUGGAAUUAAUAAAUAUUGUUUAACUACAAGUGUUCUGUUUUAAUGUAUAAGAACUAUCCUGAUUUAAGCUCAUCACAGUACUUUUGCGUGUAGUUCAUUUAAUACAUAUUGAUGUGACAUAAAUGCCCAUCAGAUACGCGCAAACUUGGUUUUCAGUUGAAUGUCCUCGGGACCAUCAAGAUUUUUUCGGUUUUGCUGUUUUCUUUGAGUUUGAUUUAAGGAUGAAGUCAGUAUCUCAGGCUUGUGAUUUUUUCCCUAGGUAAAAAACAGCCCCAAGAGGCCACAACAGAACUUAAACUGGCUUCAGAAUUAGAGUUUUAGAAAAAUUGUUUCUUUUUCAGCAAAGACUGAGAAGAUUCAAGCACAUAUAACCGCUUGUCUUUUUUUUUCCCGUGUGUUUUUCUCUUCUUUGGAUGCCUGAUUAGCAUGAACUAUGAACUAAUUAGGACAGAUUGUGUUGUGUUUCUCUACCUCAUCUUGUUGAUCUCUAGAGCAUUAAAAUCUAUUUAGUGUUGUCAUCAGACUGGUACUUAUGAAAUGUAAGCUAACAGCAAUCUCAGAAGGGAGGCAGUGAUGCAUAGCAACUAGGCUCUUGCUUCUUCAAGAAGGCCCCCGUGGGGCAGAGCAUAGAUUGGGGGGGGGGGUAGAGAGAAGCUGUUGUCAUGAAAAUGAGCUAGAUAAUCAGCCCCUAUUGAAGCAUACGCCUUGUCAUAUGUGCAGCUCAGAUAUUGAAUGUAUAGACAAAUAAGAAGGAAGCUUAACCAAUGGACUGGAGCAGACAUUCACAUCCAAGUGAUUCUUAUAUUAAUUCAUUCUGUGUAUAUAUUGGCUUGUUCAGAAUUUCUGUAACUCACUGAUUACAGUAUCUUGGUACCCAGCUAUCUGUCUGUCUCUGAAGGUUUUUCGUGAAAUAUGGUGGAUCCUUCCAAUAAAGGCUAUGGUCAAUACUGAAAUCCAUGUACUUGGAAACUUA